AACUUGUGGUAUGAAAGACCAGAAUCUGAAUAGCUGGCAGAAAGAGAGGACCACGUUGUAAUAUUUUUGAGCCGAGAGAGUUGAUGAAUUUUGGAAUGUGCCGGUAGCCGGUAUUGUGUAGAUAGAUAACUUAAAUGAUCUUGACGACCGUGGAAUAAUUUACCUCAUCUAUCUGCACCUGACCAAACCCCGAUGUUACAUUCCGCUAAAGCUUCUGUAGGGGAAAGGUGACACCAACACACACAAAAAAAAUCAUCAUUUCAAGUCAGACUUCCUUGAGAUAGUCAACACGAUUACCAACCACUCAGCAUCAUGGCCAACUUUGACUGUGUGGAUCGCUGCAUCAGCCGCAUCUUCUACAAACUUGGACGCCAAGUGUACAAACAUAAGCUCAUCUUCUUACUCAUACCGCUUGCGAUGGUGACAUUCCUGAUGACCGGAUUUACACACUUUAUCAUUGAUGACAACGUGGAGUAUCUCUUCACACCCGAGAACAGCCAAAGCCGUGACGAUCGAGCGACAACGAAGGAGCUUUUCAUGACGGGAGAUGAAGGAGUGGAGUUUCUGCCGAACCGGGAGCUUGAUCUCUUCAUCCGACGUGGAAGAUUAAUCAUCACACCAGCAGAGGGAGACAACAUCAUGAAAAAGGAGAUGUUCGAGGAGAUCGUGAAGCUGGAUGAGAAGAUCCGAACCAUCUCUCUCCAUGACAACGGAACCCUGGACAACUACAGCACCCUGUGCAUGAAGUGGCUUGGACAGUGCCUGGACAACAACAUCAUGACCAUCUACCGUGACAAUGUGGCCAUGUUUGACCACAUCAACUUGACCUACCCGUACUUCAACACUCCGCAGUACCCGCUCUUCAUCGGCCCCAACCUAGGGGGUGUGGUGGUUGAUGAGGAUACUGACAUGGUCAAGAGUGCCAAGAAUGUCUUGCUGAUCUACACUCUCUCAACGGGCAGCAAGGAGCAGGAUCUUCUUGCUGAGGAUUGGGAGAAAGUCUUUGACAAACUCAUCGAGAAAUCUUCCACAGAGAUGAAGCACAUCAAGUUGGCAAGAAGCACGUCAUGCUCACUCUCCCAUGAGAUCACCGAGGCAAGCAUCCACAUCAUUCCCCGCUUUGCCGUCACCUUUGUGUUGAUGAUCAUGUUUGCUGUUCUCUCCUGCAUCAUGAGGGAUUGGGUUCUGAGUAAACCAUGGUUAGGGUUCCUUGGGGUCCUGUCAGCGGUUUUUGCAGUCAUCUCUGCUGUUGGACUUCUCAGCUACUGCCAGCUCAAGUUCAAUGAGAUCGUCUCUCUCAUGCCGUUCCUUGUCCUUGGUGUUGGUGUUGACAACAUGUUCAUCAUGAUCGCCGGCUGGCGUCAGCUGAGCAUCUACGUCCCGACCGAGGAGCGCAUGGCUCGUACCUUCUCCGAGGCUGCUGUCUCCAUCACUAUCACCAACCUCACAGACAUGUUGGCCUUCAUCAUCGGUGCCACCACCUCCUUGCCUGGUGUCCGGACCUUCUGUAUCUAUGCUGGUGUUGCCAUGCUCUUUGUCUACUUCUACCAGCUAUCUUUCUUUGGUGCCUGCAUGGCCUACAUUGGUGAGAGGGAGGCCAACAAUAUGCACUGCUACACUUGCAAGAAGGUUUUGCCUAAGGAGGAGGCACCCAACAAGUUCUACCAGAUUUUCUGUGCAGGAGGGAUCUCCAAGACGACACGGACCAAGGUUGCAGACAUGGAGCACCGCAUCAUGAAGUUCUUUGGGGAACAGUUCGGACCCUUCAUCAUGAAGAGCCCUCUCAAGGUCCUGAUUGUCCUGUCUUACUUGGCGUACAUUGCUGGUGCCAUCUACGGACUCUUCCACAUCACCCAAGGUCUCCAGCUGAACAGCCUUGCCAGAGAUGGCUCUCCUGCUUUCAUCUACUACAGCUACGAAGAUGAGUACUUCAAGAGGUACGGUCCCGUCAUCAGUGUCAUCAUGCAGGAUGAGUUGGAAUACUGGAACCCUCAGACGCAGCAAAAGAUCGAGGACCUGACGCGACAAUUUGAGGACAGCGAGUAUAUCUACGGGAAGCAGCUCACAGAAUCAUGGCUUCGCAUGUACUUGAUGUUUCUCCAACAAUCCCUGGGCACCACAGAGGUUGACAAGACCACAUUUGUCACCCUCCUGCAGAAUCAGUUCUUGACGCAACCAAUGUUUAAGCAGUACUCGUUGGAUAUCAAUUUUAAGAAGGAUGCGAACGGAAUGGCCACUGACAUCGAAGUGUCUCGGUUCCUUGUCAUGUCAAAGGAUAUGGUGAAUACAACUCGAGAGGGCGACAUGAUGAUUGAAGUCAGAGACAUUGCCCAAGCAAGCAACUUUAAUCUCACAAUAUUCAAUCCAGCAUUUGUCGUUUAUGAUCAAUAUAUCGGGGUAUUGCCAAACACCCUUCAAACUCUUGGUAUCGCUCUAGCGUGCAUGUUUUUCGUCGCCUUGAUAAUGAUACCUCAUCCUGUCUGUGCAUUAUGGGUAACAUUCUGUGUCAUCUCCAUAGAUACAGGGGUCAUAGGUUACAUGUCACUUUGGGAUGUUCCUCUGGACCCCAUCUCCAUGCUAAACAUUAUUCUCUGCAUCGGUUUCAGUGUAGACUUCUCGGCGCAUAUCACAUACGCCUUUGUCAUCGCGCCAAAGGACAAACCAAAUGAUCGCGCCAUAUCAGCAUUGCGGGCACUUGGAAUGCCCAUCCUUCAAGGAGCUUUGUCGUCAAUCCUCGCAAUAUCCGUCCUGUCGACUGCACCUGUUUAUGUCUUUCGCAUAUUCUUCAAGACGCUAUUCCUUGUCAUGAUUUUUGGAGCCUACCAUGGACUCAUGCUCCUUCCCGUAAUCCUAUCCUACAUGGGGCAUUGUAUGCCUCAUAAAAAGGAGGAGGACGACAAGGAGAAGUACUUCGAAAAGUCGCCACUCCCAACAAGCGAAAAAGACAUUCAGGACUUCAAAUCGCUCAAAGCGUAUAGACACGAACAUGGUAAAAUCGCAACGAUUGAUCAAUGUUUUGUUCCCCUUUCUUUGCUUGAUAUUCCUGUAACAACCAUCCCUUCAGAUAAUUGAGUGUCUAACUAUUUUUUUAAGCCCAAGAUCAUGUAUUUUUCGUGUCUGUGACGUCAGUGUUUCUAUUCUUUAUAUUCAUGCAUGGUUUUAUGUUAUGGUUGUGUGGAUUUUUUUUUUAGUCGGAGACUCUUGAUAUUCCUUUCCUCAAACUACAUUGUGAUUAAAAAUGCAGAUGGUUCAUAGUCUACAGCCACAGACCCUGCGCAAAAAACAAAAACCUGUGUUUCUUUGAAACAUAGUACAGCUCACUGAAUAUUAGACGAUUCCAGGGAUUCUUUCAACCGUUAAAUAUCUAGAAUGAUUUUAGAUGAAUUGGGAUUCUAAGUCAGUUCUACCCUUAGACUUUUCUCGAGUCCCAUGUAAAUUAUGAAAUGGUCAUUAAGGGUUUGUGCCUUUAGACUAGUUGAUUCACACCAUGACGCGUCAUGAUGUGAGGAUGUCCACCGAUAUUCAUCCCACUGCUGCCACCGUAAUUCUUUUAAGAAAAAUCAAUUUCACGUUAUGAAAAAAAUAGCACGUUAAACUCAAUACUGACUGUAAGUCACCAAGAAGUUCUGUUUCGUACUUUCUUGACCAUCAAGUUCACUUUGUAUAACUAUUCUGAAAACACAUAGGUCUGGCGGUUGACAAUAGUAGGUACACACGUCUACAUUAAGUCACUUUAUGGAUUACAAUGUCAGACUAUUUUCAAAUGAAAUAAGUGAUUUUAUAUUAUAUCACAGCUCAAGGUAGCACGCAACAAAAUUUCCCCAGAAUUAUGAUUGCUCGUUUUCUUUGUUUUUCUUCUUGGAUUAUACAACUGAGUCGAUCAUGGUUUGAAAGUUGUUCAACUUAUUGUGAUUUUUUUCUCACUCCUGUCUUUGCAUCUUUUAUUUCAAACGUAUACAUAUAGAUUCUCUUUCGUGAAAAACGGUUAUUUUAGGAUUGCAUUACUUUUGUUACAGUUACACAAACAAAAGUUACCCUGCACUGGUCAAAGUUAUUGUGCUAUUCCAGAAUGACAUACUCUUUAUAGCUAUGGAGUUGGUCUGUUGGUGUGACCACGUCUAUUGGUUUGUGUGGAACCAAAGCGGUUGUUAUGCAACGCCUGCCCCCCUUUUUUUUAGCUCUUUGCAGAUUUGAAUGCAUGAUUAUAUGUGUUUUUCAUUUGAUUUAAUAUCACUUUAGAUUACCCUUAUAUCUAAUUCCGCCGCACGACUACAGACCGGGCUAGUGUUAUAUCGAACACACAGCUGUCGGUCGAGCGUCGAGGUUGGGUUUCGCCGUCGUGUGAUAUGUAUGGCUCUUCGUUGAGAUUUAUUUUUCAUUUAUAAAAUGACACCUUGCUAAUAUAAGUCACAGCUUUAUGUGCAUUGUUUUCAGUUUGUGAAAAUUAAUUGUCUCGCCUUUGUUUUUCUUUUUGUUUAUAUUGUUUGCUGGCAAAUAUAUAUAAAUAUAUAUAUAUGUAUGUAUAUAUAUAUAUUCACUCCAAGUUUGUCAACGUACUUUAUAAUGAUGUUUCAGUGACGACCAAUGCAACUUAUUGCAAACCAAUGUGACAUUAUUUCUUUACGUUAUAAAUAUAUUUAUAUGAGAAAUAUAUGUUUCUGACUACAUAUAGCUGUUGGGCAGUUGAACACAUUGCAAAUCCUGAAUAUAAUAUAGUCUAGAUUUUAUACAAAGAUAUAUAUAUUUUACUGAUAGUUAUCUUGUGCAAAGUAACGGUAACAAAGUUACAGAUGAUUGUUUUUUUAUGAUUCUCAGAAUACUAUUAUUUUUCUCUUGUAAAGGCAGUUCAGUAUUUAUUGAAUAGAGAGUAAUACCCACAUAUUCUCAACCUGUUUAUCGAGAAAAUAGGAUUCGAAUUGUAGAAUUAAGAAGUCCUAAUGCAUAGGCCUAUAUAGUGUAUCCAACAAUAUUUUUUUCGAAAAGAAACUCUCCUCGGAAACUCUUUGGGUUAAGAGUAAAACGGUGAUUUUCACAGGCACAUGUUAUAAGCUACUGCAAAACACUGCAUUUGAUUGGCUACUCUGAGCAGUUAAGUCUGCGAAAACACUGGGAAAUUCGUCAUGAAAUAUACUCCCUGGAUGACAGAGAGAGUUUUCGCAUUUACAACUCUAUAACGCAUAGAUGAUUCCUUUGAAAAUGGAAUUAAAAUCGCAAUGGAGAGCUGAGAGGCUUUUGUCGAAAGUUGGACUGGGACAGCAGAUCAUCUGAAGAUUUGCACCGAACAAAUAAUUGCAAAUAUGGUGUCGUCCAGAGUCAUGAGAUUCCGAUGCUGUUCUGGUCCACCAACUUUCCGACAAAAGCCUCUCGGAUCUCCAUUGUGUUUUGACUUGCAUUUAAAAAAAAGGGAAUUGGUGCGUUGUAGACUUUCCCCGUAGUAAAUGCGAAUCUCAAGAUUCGCGCUUAGUAGAUUUCAUCAUUUUGGCGGGAAAUUAAAUUAAGUUGUCAUAACAUUGAAUUUGAGCAUUAUCAUUCCUUACAACUUCAACUCGUCUCUAACAAAGGCAAAAAAUGUCUUACGAGGAGACCUUAUUUUGCUCUCAUCACUAAGUAGAUUUAAGCACCGUGCCUUCAUAUCAACACUGCAAGUAGUAUAGACCUUUACCGAUUUCUAAUGGAACAGUUCAUAGAUAGAAUAUUAUUGCCAAGCGUAGAGUCUUUUAAUGGAUAUUUUUUCUAAGAUUGUGCAAGGACUGGAAAAGUGUAUAAAUGUAUAUAAGAGAAUUUAUAUUGUAAUAUUUCAUGCACAUUAUUUCCUUUCCAAAGUGAACAGACUACCGAUUGUAGUUUGGCUAUUUAUUCAUAUUUGACUUAUUAUGACCGUCUGGUAUUCCAAAUCAAAUGUAAGAUUGUAGGACGAUGUUUGUAAGUUUUGUUGAUCAUUAAUUUUGAUUAGUAUACACGGAGACAGUACAGGCUUGUCUUUUCGAUGAUUAUUGUUGACAUUUGAGGCUUUGAUUUGCAAAUAAUAUUAGAUUUACAUGAUUGAGCAACUAAAACCAUAUCCUGGAAAGAACGUUAUUACUCAGUGUGGUCAAAAUGUUGAGCACACUGAAACCAUCUUCGCACUGUUGAAGUUGAACACUUUAAUAGUGUGAAUCACAUAUUCACACAGUCGAUUAUGUGGACACACUGCAAACACGCUAUGAAUACACUGUGAAUACACUCUGAACACACUGUGAUCCCACUGUGAACACAGUUAACACAUUGUCAACGCACUGUAUACACGCAUUGAACACACUGGUUACUCACUGUGGACACACCGUGAGCAAGUGUGAACACACGGGACACACUGUCAACACACUGUGAACUCAUGGUGAAUACACUGAAUACAUUGUGAAUACGCUGUGGACAAACCGGGACACUGUUUUGUUCCCAGCUAGGAAUGACUCGUCUUGUUCUGAGAAGCUGUUGUAUGUCACAUUCCCUGACAGAAGCAAAGAUUUUUAAGGGAAAGAAUAUCAUUGAUUGGUGCUGAAUUGCAGAUCUAAAUUAGAUGGUACCAUAAUUUAGUGAAGUCUAUUUUACAGAGGAAAACAAAAAGACACAGGAAGAUUUGCUUUGCAAAAUUCACAUAUACGCGAAGACGAAGAAGAAAUGCGUCAAGACAAGACUUAAUUUAACAGCAAAAAUGCACCAAUCACUUUACACCAGUGUUGAAUUCAUGAUGUUAUCAUAAUACAUUACGUGCUUUAUUUGAACACUAUGUAGUGUAGUAUUCAAAGUCCAGGGUGUAUUUAUAACACCAUAAUGUGUGGUGCUCUUAGAACACCGACUGGUGGUGAGUUAACACCGUUUCGUUUAAAGUGUAAAUUGUGUAGUGCAGGAUUGCUACACUUCAAAACGACGACGGUGUGAAUUUAACACCAGCCUGGUAUCCAUUUUACAAAACACCAGAUAAAUUUUGAAUCAGCCCAAUGCCGAAUUGGUGCUGCUUCAAGACUAUUUCGCUGGGGUUGUCCUAUUAAGAUACCGGGUUGGUGUAAAAUCAACACCGGCGAUUAUGCAUUUUAAGGAUUACUUUUAAGCCGCAAUGUAUUACAUUUUCGUUCUAUUUAUUAUCGUUAUUUCAUAUUGUUUGAAGUUUAUUUUGAUGGAUAUCUAUAUGUUCUCUCGCGUGUACAUGAUUAUCAAUACCUGAUACACAGAAGUAUGUUGCAAUCAAGAUAACGAAAAAAGAAGUCCGUAAUUAUAUUCAGUUAUUGUACUGUAUUGUAUUUGUUUACGAUGUGAUUGUAAAGGCCUGUCUGCAAUAAAAUAUGAAAAAU